ACUUUUAGAAAUUGGCUAAUGGUGGAGUAUUUCGCAACAUGGGCUCUCAGUCGUCGUUGAAUGAUGUAUCAAAUGCUAUCAGACAAGAGAUAAUACGGUUUGAAAGCGUACACCCCAAUAUUUAUGCUAUCUACGACCUCAUCGAUGCAAUCAAUGAUAAAAAUCUGGCCGACUCACUACGCCAACUGGUCGUUUCUAUUGAAGAUGCUUUCGUCAAUAGUCAAGAAUGGACACUGAGCAAUGGUGUGCCUGGUAUCAAACUAGGUCUACUUGGCUCUGUCCGGAGCGGAAAGUCUGCCUUGGUGCAUCGAUAUCUUACUGGGGCCUACGUACAUGAUGAGUCCCCAGAAGGUGGUAGAUUCAAAAAGGAGCUUUCUUUAGACAAUCAAAGUCACUUGCUGCUAAUUCGUGAUGAAGGUGGUCCUCCUGACCUUCAGUUUAGUCACUGGAUUGAUGGAGUCAUAUUUGUGUUCAGCUUGGAAAAUAUCGAGAGCUAUCAAGUUGUUUACGAUUACUACGCCCGUCUUUCAACUUACAGAAGCACCACAAACCUUCCCAUUAUUCUUGUUGGAACUCAAGAUUCCAAUUGUGAACCGUAUGUACGAGUGAUAGAUGAUGCUCGUGCACGGAAGCUAGCGAAUGACCUAAAGCGCUGUGCUUACUAUGAGACGUGUGCUGCUUACGGUCUAAACGUUGAACGUGUUUUUCAGGACGCAUGUCUUAAAAUACUUCAGAUGCGUGCGUCAAGUAGUUCGCCUGUUCCAAGACCAAUAACACCACAAUUGCCGUCUAAUUUGCAACAAAGGCCAUGUGCUAACAGCCCUGUUGAGGGCGUUCCUCUUGUGAGCAUAAGUCAGUCUCAACAGUCCUUGUUUUCUAACGUGGUCAAUGCUCGUGAAGGCCCUGUUGUUAUGAAAAAUCCUGGGUCUAACUGUAAUGUGACUAAUGCAGCCACAGGCGGCAUCGAUAAGAAAGAGCGGACAGUAUUCUCAAGUAAUCCUACAAAUCGUCGUCCUGAUACUCACAGCAAUCCUGGAUUCGAACAUGAUUUCAAUGAAGAAAGUAAGGCUGACAAUAAUGAAUCUCUUACUCCUAGCAGUACUCCAACACAUUCACGAAAGAAUAGACGAAAAUCCAAUCUAUUUCAAAAACGUAAUGAUGAUGAACGGGAAAGGGAGAAAAAGUUGAAUGGAAUAGGCAGUGGACGUGCUAUCCCACUUAAACAAGGAUUUUUAUACAAACGAACUUGUAAACCAUUGAGUAAAGAGUGGAAAACAAAGAAAUAUGUGACUUUAACAGAUGAUGCCCGCCUUACUUAUCAUCCAAGUAUUCAUGACUAUAUGGAUAAUACACAUGGUAAAGAAAUUGAUUUAAGCAGAACAACUGUCAAGAUUCCUGGUGUAGCGUUUCGACAGGUUGGCAGUCGAAUAACAAGUAAUGGAUUACUAAGAAGUCAGUUGAAUGAAGGUGGAACAGAUCGACGGUCAACUGGAGUAGAAGUGAAAAAUUCCUCUGAAAAUACAGUGCCAACAAAUGAUAAUACAGUAUCAGGAGGCAAAGAUUCAUCAUCGGUUAAAAAACGUCACCGGCGUAUCAAAUCAAAUCCUAAGAGUAAUAAUGCUGAUGGUUCAGAUUCAGAGGGUUAUGAAUUUCAGUUGAUAUCAAUGGAUCGUCAAUGGCAUUUUGAAGCAACUGGUCCAGAUGAACGCGAUGAAUGGGUCAUGCAUAUUGAACGAGCAAUUAUGACUAGACUUCAGUUGAAUGAAUCGAGUAAACGUACUCGAGCUAUUGCUGCUGCAUGUAACGCAGGCGGUUCAAAUCACUCCUCAAAUUUUAGUGGAUUAGGUUCAGGAGCUGGUCGACAUGGUGGGGCUGAUUCUAACAGCUUAAACUCAAGUCGUUGUGGAGCUGGAGAUGCUAAUGAAUUGGCUGUCACAGAGCAUUUAAUCCAGAAUAUAAGAUCUGCUGCAGGAAAUGAUUUUUGUGCAGACUGUGGUGCAUCAGAACCAGAUUGGGCAAGUCUUAAUUUAGGCGCUAUGGUUUGUAUCAGUUGCAGUGGUAUACACCGGCAAUUGGGCACGCAUAUAUCACGGAUACGUUCUUUACACUUGGAUGAGUGGUCAACAGAAUCUGUGGCUGUUAUGGGUGCGAUAGGAAAUACACUAGCUAAUUCAGUUUGGGAAGCUGCUGUACCUGUAAAUGCAGGGAAUCGGCGGUGAGUGUAAUGUGUGUUAUCUUAUAGUUGCUUACUGUGUUUUAACAGAUUACGAUUUGGUAUAGUAGUAGUACAACACAAUAUAAUGCUACAAUGUGGACCACACAUACAUUACUACUACUAAUAAUAACAGUAAUAAAGAGAGAAGUCUGUUAAGAAUGCAACCGACGUAGAUGUCUUUUUUCCUUUGGUUAGGCUUCCUUUUAACAUGGUCAACACAAGUAGGCUAUACCUGACUAUUUUGCCGAACAUUUGCAUUGUCUAUGGAAAUCAAAUUAGAGGAUAGUGGUAGGCCAAUACACUCUUGGCCUUUAACAAUAAUCAUUCAUUGGACGGCUUCAGAUGAAUCCUGUCGCUAAGAGACAAUCUUUUCAGAGUCACAUUCUGUUUUGAGGAAAUGUUAGUAGAACUGUGGAGUACACGGUGACAUUAUAUAUCAUCGGCUAAUUAGACAGCAGGUUUGCACCUUCAAUGAGACUGUUCAUCUGAUCUUUUACAAGCUGCUAAAUGUUUUACAUUACAUCACUCAUCUGUCUACCUAUUUAAUUUCAUGAUAAAGAGUUUGCUGUUGGUUGUCGUUUUCAUAAUCAGAAUUAUUCUCUGAAGCCGAAAACUAUGAAAACCUUUUUGUUACUACUUAGUUCUUGGCAUCCAUCUUUUCUGUAUGCAGUCGAAAUUUCUAUUGAUAAAAUAUCUUUCCGUGUUACCUAAUUUUUUCCAAAAUCUUCCUUUACUACCUUAUUACACAUAUGAUUAUCAGGAAACCCGAUUCAUCGAGCUCACGAGAAGAAAAAGAAAUCUGGAUUAGAGCGAAAUAUGAACGUCAAGAGUUUCUACCUCCUCUACCGUAUCCUGAUGCCCCAUUACAACAACAAUUAAUCGAUGCUAUAGCUCGGCAAGAUACACGACAAGUUAUACUUUGUUUAGCUUUAGCUACUCCUGAAACAGUAAAUGCAGCUUAUUCACGUCAAGAUCCUCGAGCAGCUAUACACAUAGCCGCUACUCUUGGGAAUAUGGUUUAUUUACAAUUGCUUCUAUGGUAUAAUGGUGAUCCAACUGUAACUGAUCACGAAGGAAGAAAUGCAUUUUAUUAUGCUCAUUGUUCUCAAAAAUAUGAUUGUGCUGAUUUUCUCUUACGUAAUGGUUGUCCAAAACAACUAGUACCACCUAUUCCACCAGCUACUAUAGCGCCAACACUUCGUUCCUCUCAGAAUAUUAUAUCACAACAGAUUGUUCAGUCUCAUUCCAUAGUUCAUGGACCUUUAUUACCGACUGGGCCUUCAUCCAUUGUUACAGAUUUGAAUGGUGGAAGUAGUUUAAACUCAGGUCUUGUACAACAACCUCAUCAUUUCUCACACCUUCAACAACAUCAAUCGUCGUCUACUGCUUCUGGUAUGCCAAAUCAUCUAGGCGGUCAGUUACCUUCGUAUCAUCCCAUGACCUCAGGUUCUGUUACAGCAAAUCAACAGAUAUCUCAAGGGUCGAAUCAUCCUGUUGUUUCAGGUUCUGGAACUCUGUACACUGGAAAUGUAAAUCAAGCUCUUGGGGCUACACUUCCGCGUCGUCGUGCACCUGUUGGUCCGUUCUCUUCAAAUGCAGCACCUCCAACUCUUCAACCGUUUCUACGACCAAACGUACAUCAGCAAAUUUCUGUUAGUACUACACAUCGACCAACAUCUUCAGUUAUCCCAUCAGUUACUCGUCCUAUAACACCCAGUGCUGUUAUGCUUCGAACAUCUUCUAUUAGCUCAUCCCAGCCACCGCAUACACGUUCAAGUUCUAACACUACUGGGAAUUCAUCAACAUUGACUCAACCUUAUGUUUCUACUAGUCAAGAAGUUGGUCUUUAAAAUAAGCAGGAGAAUAAAAUCAAUGUAUUUUAUAUAAUGCGCCCCGUUGUGUUUUCUAUGUGUAUAUUCUCCUAAGCGACUGCAUUUAUUUCACUGGCAUAUACCUUCAUUGAUGAGGUAGACACAUGUACUAACUUGAUUGUAAGCUUUGAACUUAGCUACAGUUUUGUGUGCAAUAUUAUAAAUGAAUGGAACUAAUGAUCAUUUACAUUGUCUUCCAGUUAAAUUAUUAUCAUUAUCAUCAUUAGUAAUAAUAAUAAUACUCUACCUUUAUAACUGACUUUACCUCAGGAUAUAUGCAUAUCUAUAUAUUCAUCUCUGGAUGUGUUGUUUAUUUCAUGUAACAAAUAAUACUAAUAAUAAUACUACUUACAUCCUCCAAUUGGCUUCCCAUCAUACUUCCGUUUUGUAUUUCUUCUGUUGUUUUUUUUCUACGCGAAUAAGUGCUUGUUAACUUUUCACUCACCUUUGACUAAACUCUCAUGUGUGUUUGUGUAUUCACUUACGUACACACAAAGCAGUCUUCAAUAUGUGUAUAUGGAUAUGUAUGUACUCACAUACAAAAGCAGCGCUCCGCUGCUUUCCAGUCGGUUUACAUGUGUGCAGACAGUAGACGAAUGUUUGUGGUGUGAUGUGUAAUGUACUAGUAAAUCUCACCGCUGAGUGUACAAUUUUCUUUCCUCAAUGUAUAAUUUUAUUAUUAUUACUAUUACUAUCAUUAUUAUUCUCGAUAAUCUUUAACUAAAAAUGACUAUUGAUAAUUGUACAAAUAUACAACACCUUAUCUUCAAUGUUUCUGUCCAACUUUGUUUUAUUAAAUACUAUUCGAAUAAAAUGUUAAUUUAUGGCAUGGCCUUUGUGUAUGUGUGUGUGUGUGUGUGCGUACACACAGUAUUUCUCUUAUACUCGUACUUUGCUUCGAUGUGUUUUGUUCUUCAUUUGUAAGUAUAAAUGCAAAAUAUCCCUUCGUUUCAUAUUCGCUCUCAUCUCUGUUGUAUAAUCAUCCAUCGCUCCAUUCUAUAAUGGUUAUUUAUUUGUUCAUAUUGUGAUUUCUUAUUUUCACUGAAGUAAGGAAUCUCUCUCUCUGUCUUGACACUUCAGUGGAAUGGAACACUGGACAAUAAUUAAUUAAUCUAUCACGUAAACCUGUUGGUUCUUUUCUUUCUUUCUCUGUAAUAUUAUUACAUUCUGUGUACACACUGAAUAAUUGUCUUUGUUAUGAUAAAGUAUGUGGUGUGAG